UCAGCACGUCACGCAUACGCCCCGCUGGUCGCAAGAAGCCGCCGAAACUUAUUGCACUCUCCUCCUGCAAGUGAUUUGCCGUGAAAAAUUGAAAUUUGUUUCUUCUCUGGCGUGAAAUUUUGUGAUACUCAAGGCAAAAAAAUCAGAGGAAGCAAGCUAUAAUUUGGCCAAAGUUCAGGGAGGCUGCAGCGGCAAAGAAUCGGAAAAUUCGCCCAAACACAAACAAUUCCUCCUCCGGCGGGCCAAGUUUACGGGCCGAGUACAGCGCGGGAAAUUCCAAGUGCAAAUAAAAACAAUGACGACAGCCAAAUGGUUUUGGCGCUGGGCACUGAGCUUCUUGCUGGUUUUGGGUGCUGUGGCUUCUGAAAAACCUCAAGGAUAUCACCGGGAGAUAUGUCAGUAUCGGAAAGGAAAACAUAUCCAACCCAUGAGCGUUUACCACACACGUCUCCUGGCUCUCCGGGAGCAGAUGCAGAUCCGCGCCUCGCUGCAAGGCCCAGAGAUUAAUGCCUACAUUCUGCCCACCAUGGACGAGCACCUCAACCAGGAGGUGGCAGCCCGAGAUCAUAGAUUACAUUAUCUUUCCGGCUACUCCGGAAUACGGGCCUUUGCCGCCAUCACCCAUCACGGUGCCGCCAUCUGGGUGGAGAACCGGUACGCUCAGCAAGCGGACGGGGAGCUGGAGUGCGACUGGGAGAUCUAUCUGAGUGGCGGCAAUGUCACGGUGGCCGACUGGUUGGGCAGCCAUGUGCACUAUGACAAGCGGGUGGGCGCCGAUCCGCAUUUGGUUCCGCACUUCCUUUGGAUCCAGUGGGAGCGGGAGUUGGAGGAAAAGUUUCUAAAGCUGGUGAAGAUCAACAACAACCUGGUGGAUCUUAUUUGGGGUGACGAGCGACCGGGUCCGCCCGCGGAUCAGGUGAUCAAGGUGCACAAACAGGACUUUGCUGGUGAGAAGUGGCAGGACAAGGUCAGGGAGCUGAGGAGGCGGCUGGCCCAUCUGGGAUGCGAUGCCAUUGUGAUUACAUCGCUGACGGAGAUUGCCUAUUUGUUCAAUAUCCGUGGCACAGAUAUUCCCUACACACCAGUGGUCAAGUCCUAUGCCAUUGUGAGUCAGGAUGAUCUAUUCUUCUAUGUGGAUCGCAGCAAAUUCAGCCUGGAUAUCGACUAUCAUCUGCGCACUGAUUGUUUCAAUGAGGUCUGCGUAAAGAUCAAGGAAUACAAUCAGAUUUGGAGUGACAUUCGUACCUAUGCCCAGCUCUGGAAAAGGGUUCUUGUCCCCGCACCAUGUGUCCAGGACAUGGGGGCGUCGGAAGCCAUCUACACCUCGAUGCCGGGAAAAAUCGUGGUCUGGGAGAUCUCCCCCAUUAUCUUUAUGCGGGCGCAAAAGAACUCCGUGGAACAGGCUGGCAUGAGAAGGGCUCACGUUCGGGACGGAGCUGCCAUUUGUGAGUCCUUGAGCAACAUGGAGGCCAGGUAUAAUUCGGAGCAGUGGACGGAGGAGAAGAUCAAAUACGAGGUGGAGCUAUGGCGUUUGUCGCAGAAGCAUGCCAAGGGACUGUCCCUGCGAACAGUGGUGGCUUACGGGGAGCACUCCGCCCUACCCUACUACAUUUCCAGCAACGUCACCAACAUCGAGGUCUCCGACCAGAGCUUGCUGGUCAUCGAAUCUGGCGGGCAGUACCUGGAGGGCACAACAGACGUAUCGCGUACUUUCAUCUUCGGUGAACCCACCCAGGAAAUGAAAAAGGCCUACACCAGUGUCCUGGCUGGGAUUCUGCACCUGGCCCAGCUCAAGUUUCCAUCCGAUUUGAAACCAUCUGAGGUUGAUGCCUUGGUGCGCAGCAUGGUGUGGCAGGACAUGACGGAUUAUCCCCAGGCGACGGGCCAUGGGAUAGGCGCCUACGGAUCCGUAGAGGAGCCUCCGAUCGCCGUGGCUUAUGGCCAGAGCAACAGCUUCCACUUCAAGGAAGGAUACUUUUUUUCAAGUGAGUCCGGUUAUUACAAACGAAAUGACUUUGGAGUCCGCCUAAAGAACGUGCUCGAGGUGGUGGACACCGGACACACCCAUCCCAGCGGCGCACACUUUCUAGCAUUCCAGGACGUCACCAUGGUGCCCUACGAGCCCAAGCUAAUCGACAGCACGCUCCUGAGUGCCGUGGAGAAGCGGCUACUGAACGAGUACAAUGCCAAGAUCCGGAACGUGAUCGGCGAUGAGCUGAAGCAGCUGGGCAACAUGCGAGCCUUCUAUUGGAUGAUGAACAAGACGCGACACAUCCGGGAAUACCUUCCGGAGGAUGAGUAUCGCUCGGCGACCGCCGGAGGUGAAACCUAUCGAAGCUACCAGCCCCUGGUAGCUCUGCUCCUUCUGAUCACCGUGAUCGCCUCCAUCAUACCCAGGCCUGCGAAUUCCUAGGGAAGCCAGUGUUCUUAGCGUAUGAAUUCUGUAAUUAUUUAGUUUUAGUUAGCUAUGAAUAUGAAAUGAGAGAGUCCGGGACUAACAAAUCGAACCAAUAAAUAACUAUUGCAACAGGUAGUAUUGUAGAAACGUCAGCUGGCCCUAAACCUCGAAAAACAAGAAGCACCCAAGUCUAGAAGUUAGGUAUUCACUUGAACCAAAUACGUAAAAUUGUAUAAAUAAAAUGUAUCUAAACGUAAUCGACCAAAAAUAUGUUAAUCUGUUAAACAUUAAUACGAACAAUGUCUGUAAUACUUAAGCAAUAACAUUGUAUAUUUUUAUAAAAGUGAUUAAAUAAUAAACUUUGAAAAAAACAAGAAUAAA